AGGCCUUUAAUAGUCUGCGCUCCCUGGUGUGUAUUGGUGGUAUAGUGGUUAGUGUCGCUGCCUUCCAAGGAGUUGACUCGGGUUGGAUUCCCAUCAUGCCCAAUUUGAAUGAAUUGACCUUGGUCAGUAACUUUAAUCAAUUUAUGAUGUCAGAGUUACUGACUAAACAUGCGGCCUACACUGACUAAACCACGUCAUGGAGGCGCACCAACAGGUGGCCAUUAGACCCUGAGUGGGGGGCCCUAAACCACGUCAUGGAGGCCCACCAACAGGGGGCCGUUGGACCCUGAGUGGGGCGCCCUAAACCACGUCAUGGAGGCGCACCAACAGGGGGCCGUUGGACCCUGAGUGGUGCGCCCUGGAGGCAGCGCUAGCGACCGGAGGUGCCGUGCCAAGCAGUGCCCUAUUGACUAAGAGCGCACUACGAUUCCCCACACAGCGGGGAAGCAACCGUUCUUUUAACCCAUUCCACUGACAAACAUGAUAUCCCCUAAUGCUACGGAAUGGGAAUAAGCCAUACGGAAAGAAAAACUACGCAAAAUCCGUCCGUGGCAGUAGAUUGCUCUACUAUUGGCACGGAAAAAAACAUUCCAAAUCAAUUAUAUUCAAACCAUGUAAUUCCGUAAAACAAUAGUGCGCUAUUGUUCCGGUUCCGUAGCCAGUGCCUAUUUUAAUGGCAGAGUGUGUGUGUGUUGUCUGCCUGUGUGUGCCAGAAUGUCAGUGGGUCAUUGGUGUUACAGAAUCGCUGCUCGGUGCCUUUUCCGAUGAUAUUUAUUCCUCAUCCAGCUGGUGGUAGUAGAGUGUGACCCUUUCUUCCAUAGGGUGAGGUGUUAGCAUCCACAUGAGUGGAUAGGUUACGGUAUGCAAUGGCCGACUGCUACUGCGACGCAAUCACAUUCUCAUUUUCUUGUGAAGAUGCAUCUCAAGUAACAGAAUGCACUUCCUAACAUAAACAAUGCAUCUCAAGUAACACUAUGCACCGCCUAACACAAACAACGCAUCUCUAGUAACAGAAUGCACCGCCUAACAUAAACAACGCAUCUCUAGUAACAGAAUGCACUGCCUAACAUAAACAAUGCAUUUCUAGUAACAGAAUGCACUUCCUAACAUAAACAAUGCAUCUCAAGUAACACUAUGCACUGCCUAACAUAAACAAUGUUGUGAUGCGUUUGAUGACCCCUGCAGCCUAUAGUCAGCAAAACGUUCCAUGCCAAAGGCCCAGCAUCUGAUGGACUAAUGCAGAUGAGGUCCCAUAAGCCUCAUAAAUGUACCAAGAGUGCCUUCACUGUGGGGGGCUAUAGUUUGUGUUGUCCAGCCUGUUUUGAGCAUGGUACUGAACAAUCCCGAUACUCAGUUAAAUAGAGAGGGUCACAUACCAAAUGACUUCUGAAAUCCUUGCUCAAAGACAUUACAUUACCAAAACAAGGAAAUGUAUGCUCGUGUAACCUGUGUGAGGGAUCAACAAGUCAAAUGCAGCUUCAUGUCUUUUGUUGUUAAGUGUCCUUUCUUCUGUUGUGGCAUUAUGUUCAUUCAGAUUAAAAUGAUUUCUGUGACACAUUUCAGCCAUUUUAACGGUCCAUUUACUCUUGUCAUCUUGAGGAACACUGCCAAUAAGACAGGGCAACAUACAUUUGUGAAUUGCUUUGCACAGUUUGUUUGAUCCACACUGGCAGAGCCUGCAGGGCUCCACACAAACAAGCCCUCAGUGAUCUUUAAACACUCAACCACACUUCAGUCAACAGCUCUGGUGUUCUCAUCUAUGCAUGAUGUCAAAAAGCCUAAGGUGGAGAAUCAAGGAUUUUUCACAAAGUCUGUUUAUCAGUGAUUUCUUUAACGCCAAGCUUUAGAGUACUUCUGGUUGGUUGAACCAAAUUUGAUAUUAACAUACAUGCAUGCAGGUUUGCAUUCUUUUCUUGUUCAGACUUGCUAAUCAAAACAUGGAUGCAAGAAUGUAUUCUCCUCUUGUUCAGACCUCCUGAAUGCUUGAGAGACUGUAUCCCAAAAAAAACGGGACCUACAGGAGAGGGUCUGUAUGUCCUGUUGGUAAGACAUCCAUAAAUACAGAAUAGGCCUAGUUAGUUAGAGCAAGCAAAUAGUUUAGACCACAAACUCUCCAAAGUCUAUGCACCUGUUUCUUCAAUCGUUUUGGUAUAUCAACAAAGGUAAGAACUCUUGGACCAAUUUUGAUGUGUUUGGUUUCACAUUGCAAAACUUGGAGGGUUUUAUUUUGUAUUUUGUAUUUUUUUUUUUUUUAAUAUGACAUGACUCAGGAUGGGGUUUUAAUACUUUGAAAGGACUGUUGAAUAUCUACCUAAUAUAGCAAUUUUUUUUUUUUUUACCAUUUCCCACCUGAAGACCUUGUGCUGCUGUCAAAACUUUGUACAAAAGAAAAAUAACUAUCGUUAUCUUUAAAGGGACAAAUCAUUUGUAUUUAAUAGAGGUGUGCAAUUUUUUGUAUUUGUUAUUAUACAAAUGUGUGCUGUGUAGUACUGCUGUGAAAAUACUUUGAAAAACGAUUGGAAAUGAAAGUUUUUUUUUAUUUUUUAUUAAAUGAGUUUUGCAGUUCAUUGUGGGUCCUUUUUACACACGAAAGCGGUGGUGUGGGGAGAGAAAAAAACAGUACCCUCAAGCAAAAGCUAUAACGUCAGUGAGGAGGCCAACUCACUAGAUGGCAUGUAUGUCCUCUUAUCAGCUUACAAAUUAUAGACAAUUCGAUGUUAGGUACUCCUUUCUCAUAAGUUAAAAUCAAAAUACAGAACUGUGGUAAUCUUACAAGUGCUGUAUGAUAUGAGUGGAUCUUUUGUUUUUUGGUCAGGGCCUAAUUACAUUAUACUGACUGUCCAAGAUAAGCAGGAAGAGACGAUAUCAGACAUCGCGUGGUCUGCAAGAACAGACCACUAAACUGUUGUUAGCGGUGGGGAGUCAGAGCGAACUCCCAGAAUCCAUCGUCAUUAGUUCGGUUUAUGUACACAGAGGGAUGUUUCUGUUGAAUUACAUAUUUGUGGAAACCAGCUCUGCUGUUUUGGGUCACAUGGCUAAACCUUGGUGACGUUAUUGCUUGCAGAGCCCAACAAUAAGGCUCUCCAGGCCCAUUAUUAUGUGACCCAGAGAGGAGUAGGAGCACAUACUCUGGCUUCAGAUGGAGGACCACCUCCCCCCUGGGCUGCUCGUGGCCUGUGUCGUUGUGGGUGCAACAACUGAUAAGCUUAAGGAGGCAUAUCAGAAGCAUCAACAAGAAAGAAGAAGUGACUUUCCAGUAUUAGAGGCUGAGGUUCUACAGGUCCACGUGCCCCCUUUUGUGUCAAAGGAGAAAGCCACAGACUCUGUGGGACCAUCAGUUUUCGGUAGGGUUCAACGUAGACGCUCCUUCAUCAAGAAAAAGGAGAGACCAGCACUGCCGCCGGGCGACUCUUCUCCUGGUGGGGAUGAAGCUACGCAAGACAUCAGUGUCCCUAACGACAUCGACCUUGUAGGCCUUCCACAGCUCUGCUUUCCUGGAGGUCUGACUGUUUGGAGUGAGCCAAAAGAACCCAGCUUUCAUUUCCUCGUGUUCACUGAUGUGUUUGGAAAUCAAACCCACGGAGUGGUGCUGCAGUACUGUAGGCCCGUACAGCUGUUUCAGGAGAGCUUUCGUCAGCAGAAUGGCCUCUGGUCUAAGGCUUCUUGGCACUACACAGCCUAUGGUGUGUGUAUAAUAUCAAAAUACCCCUACUACAAUGCCUUGAGGGAUUGCCUGUCAUGUCUUCUGAGUCAGCUGAAACAUUGUCGGAUAACGGACUUAGAUCAACGUAUGAAAGAAUUCUCUGCCAAGCUUGCCCUGGUGCCCAUUCCACCCCCUGGAGAUCUUCAUCUGGUGUUUAACCUGAGCCCCCUGGUGAUUGUGCUGCCUUCCAGGGAAGACAAACACCACCCUGUGGUGGAUCUAGAUCUACACCUUCCAUUUCUCUGCUUUCAAACAAGGGAACUUUUACAGAUAAUCACAGCCAUCCUGGCCGAGCGGCGGAUUGUGUUCUUCUCCAGCGACUGGGCCCGGCUGACGGUGAUGGCGGAGUGCUUCAUGCUCUACAUCCACCCCCUGCACUGGCAGCACCCGCUGGUGCCCACGCUCCCACACCAGAUGCUGGACUUCGUCAUGGCGCCCACCGCUUUCCUCAUGGGCUGCCACCUCAGCCACUUUGAGGAGGUUUCUGCGGAAACGGAUGACCUGAUUUUAAUCAACAUCGAUGAUGGGACCGUGUCCUCGUCCAGCUCCGAGCUCAGUGACCUCCCAGCUGUGCCGUCAGCCGCCGCGGAGUGCUUCAGGACCCGGAGGAGAGGCCUUCAGCUUCACUAUGACCUGGAGAUCAGCCAGCAGGGCGGCAGCACUGCAGUGAAUGAGCUGCGGGCACAGCGGCGUCUCUGGCAGCAGCGCCUCAACUGGGAGAUCCAGAACAUCAGCCUGGAGCUCAUCGUCAACAUCUUCAGGGGUGUGGCCGACCAUCUGAACUAUGAGCACAGAGUCUUUAAUAGUCAGGAGUUCCUCAAGUCCAGGGAGCCAUUGGACCAGCCCUUUUAUAAAGAGGUGUUGGAGAGUCAUAUUUUCCACAUCUUUCUAAAAGAUCGGUUGAAUCGUAAGAUGGACGCCUACACUCGCAUGGAACAGAGCACUCGCUCUGAGGCCGAAAAGAGACUUAAAGUCAUGAUUGACAAUCUCCGUAGACCCACCAUGAAGGAGAUGCGCAGGAGCAGCAGCUCAGAGAACUGUGCUCCCAAGAGGAUGGGUACCAGUCUGCCCAACCUCAGGGAGGAGCGGCACCUGGGCAUCCUCAGACACACCUCAGUGACUGAGACGCCUCUGAAGAUCCGUCAAAAACAUGUCAAGCAAUUCCAGCUACCAGAUUUCCACCCUCAUUUGUCCUACAAGUAUGUGCAGGAUUACUACGCUGACCUGGUUGGGCUGCUGGGCAAAGCCAUUUCCUUCACGCCUCGUGAGAACUCCUCCCUGCUGGCUCGCUACUACUACCUGCGUGGUGUGGUCAACACAAUGUGUACCCGCAGGCUGGAUGCCCUCAGCGACUUUCAGAACCUCAACCACACCGAUGUAGAGAUUUUCCCCGCUGAGCUGGUGAGGGCGCUGGUGGACUCGCUCCAGCAUGAGGAGCAAGCACAGGUGGACCGCCGGCCGGAGCUCAAACGCCUGGUCUGUAGGGUUAAGAGUAGUGAGACGGGGGAGGUCACUGUCCAGCCCACCGAUGACCACGUCAAGAAGUUUAAGAUGCCCAAGACUCACAUGCCACUGGAGAACUUUGUCACGCACAUUCAGGAAUCGGGUAUCGUCAGAGAUGUGGGCACCAUCCAUCGCUUGUUUGAUGCACUUAGUGUUGGCCCGCAAAAAGAGGUCGACCCAGACGUGUUCCGCGUCUUCUACACCUUCUGGAAGGAGAUGGAAGCUGAGGCUCAGGAUGUGCACCUGCCGGCUGAAGUGAUGGAACAGCUGGACAACAAUGAGUGUGUGUAUAAAAUCUCCUGCUCCGUGAAGACUAACUAUGGUGUAGGCAAGAUUGCCAUGACCCAAAAGCGACUCUUUCUACUUCCUGAUGGACGGAGAGGAUUUGUAGACAUCACUAAGUUCAGAGAUAUAGUGGAAGUGAAAAUCUCUUCAGCUCAGUUCCUGCUUCUGCGUAUCCCGUCACUGAGGAUCAAGAGCAACCUGAAAAAAGAAGUGUUUGAGGCCAACCUCAGGUCCGAGUGUGACCUGUGGAGCCUGAUGAUUAAAGAGAUGUGGGCUGGGAGGAAGAUGGCCGAUGAUCACAAGGAUCCUCAGCACAUGCAACAGGCCCUCACUAACGUCCUCCUCAUGGACACUGUGGUCGGCUGUCUUCAAUCACAGAAAGGCAUAUUAGCAGCUUCUAAACUGGCUUAUUAUGACAGGCUGAAACAUGAGGUGCCAACGGCUGUUCCAAAGACAACCUCUGACACUCUGAAGCACAGGAUUAACCCCUCCCUUCAUCUGCCUUCCCAGCAAACAGUGGAUGUGUUACUCUAUACUCCAGGCCAGCUGGAGAAGUCUGACAUAGACGGGGAUGGGAACCCUAAGCUGUGGUGUGCCCUCAGCCACGGGAGGGUGGUGGUGUUUGAUGCAGCCAGCUGGUCCAUGCAGCAGAACGGCAUUCAAGUGGGGGCACUGCCUCUGAGCUGCAUGCUUGGGCUGGACCAGGAGCAGGUAUGGAUGGGCUCUCGGGAUUCCACCAUCUACAUCAUCAACGCGCGCAGCAUGUCUUGUCACAAGCAGUUGACUGAACACCGGGGUGAAGUCACAGAUUUAGUCCUGGAGGACAGACAGGAUGCAUCUCACAGCCCAACUUUAGCCUACUCAUGCAGUCUUGAUGGCAUGGUUAUCGUCUGGGAUGUGUCUACCCUGAAGAUGAGAAGGCAGUUUAAUCUGAGCUGUCACAACCUCACCUCCAUGCAGCUGUACAACAGAACACUCUGGUGCUGUGCCAAUGACUGCAUCAUGGAGCUGAGGAAGACCGGCGUAGUGCAGCGUAAGAUCUGCUUGCUCCAGGAUCCCACAACCCCCCCUUCACCUUUCAAUGGGUUCAUCGUCUACUUAGAGAGGGACCAGAUAUGGACCAGUCGUGUGGAUUCGUCUGAAUUGUGUGUGUGGCACUCAGAAAAUCUGGAGAAGCCCGCACAGAGGGUACAGCUGCCUGACAGUGCUGGAGUCACCUCUAUGCUCAAGGUCAAGAACCAGAUCUGGGUUGGCUGUCGGAGCUUGAGUGAGAACCAGAGUGGGGUGGUGGGGAAGAUCUUUGUGGUGGACGUGGCCCAGGCUGUGGUGGAGAAGGAGCUGCUCGCUCACACAGACAGUGUCCAGGCACUCUGCUCAGCUGAGGACCGCUACGUGCUGAGUGGCUCCGCCUGUCUGGACGGCAAGAUCGCCAUCUGGAAAGUAGAGUAGAAGACUCACAAGUCAGCAGUAGCUCUGCCUCCCAACGCUUCUCUUCAGUGCAGUUUCACGGGACACAUCUGGACAUUCUUGUUGGACACAAACGGUUGUACUGAUGAGGGUCACUCCGCUAAGGGAAGCCCAAUGCCUCGGUUCUCAGCAUUUCACCUGAAGGUCAGACUGCAUGACCACAAAUGGACUUGGACUCCUGUUGAGGUCUCCUCCAAAUGAUGAGGCCUUCAUAGUAUCUCAUCUACUACUGUAUUGUUCCUAAUUAAAAAGUAUAACUAGUA